UGGGAGACAAUGUUAUAGGAUUUAUUAUCUCACACACACCCACAACCUAAGGCAAGCCUAAUUUGACACUAAAUAUAAGCUGUAAGCUAGCCCAGAAACCAAUUUAAUAUCUUCUUAUAUUUUUAACUAAAACUCGGCUUCAUCACCUUCUCAUCCAUAUGCCUAUCCAAUUUAUUUUUAAAUGAUACCAAUGAACCUGCCUCCACCACUUCCACUGGGAGCUCAUUCCACACCGCCACCACUCUCUGCGUAAAGAAGUUCCCCCUCAUAUUACCCCUAAACUUCUGUCCCUUAAUUCUGAAGUCAUGUCCUCUUGUUUGAAUCUUCCCUAUUCUCAAAGGGAAAAGCUUGUCCACAUCAACUCUGUCUAUCCCUCUCAUCGUUUUAAAAACCUCUAUCAGGUCCCCCCUUAACCUUCUGCGCUCCAGAGAAUAAAGACCUAACUUAUUCAACCUAUCUCUGUAACUUAUUUUUUAAUUUUAUUUUUUGUUUCUUUAAUUGUUGUUUUUUUUUGUCCUCUGUCUACUGUGUGUUUGCUAUGAUAACAUUUGAAAACAAAUGAAGCUGUACAAUAAUUGUAUAGUGGUAGAUGCCGAGCGAUUUUUCCGUGUACAAUUGCUUCUCAUAAAGAUAAAUUAAAUAGGAGGGUUUUUCAGAUAGGAACAUGGAUAUGCAGGAUAUGGGUUGUGUACAGGUAGAUAACAUUUGGUCUUGGCAUCAAGCUCAGCACAGACAUUGUGGGCCGAAGGGCCUGUUCCUGUCCUGUGCUGUUCUACGCUCUACUGUAAAUCAUAAACCCAAUAAUGUAAUGUUGAUAAUAUAAUCUACCAUUGAGUGGAAGAUGAUACUGUUCUCUGCCAUGCUGGUAAUAGGUUGUGGUGAGAACAUGCCCGAGAGUCAGACUGCAAUGAAAACAUGCCCCCAGACAGAGACACAUUUCCACAGACAAAGUCCAAUGUCCGCAAUGGGGUAGAGGUGAAUCGGACAGUACCCUAGCUUAUGGAAGGGCCGUUCAGAAGCCUGAUAACAGAGGGGAAGAAGCUGUUCCUGAGUCUGGUGGUGCACGCUUUCAAGCUUCUGUACCUUCUGCCGGACGGGAGCGGGGAGAAGAAGGAAUGACCGGGGUGGGACACCUGGAGUUGAUCAGGGCGGGUGCCCCUCAGUGCCAGAGACCCGGGUUCCAUCCUGACUACGGGUGCUGUCUGUACGGAGUUUGGCCCUUCUCUCUGUAACUGCGUGGCUUUUCUCCUGGUUUCCUCCCACACUCCAUAUUUGUACAGGUUUGUAGGUUAAUUGGCUUGGUAAAAUUGUAAAUUGUCCCUGGUGUGUGUAGGAUAGUGUUAAUGUGCGGGGAGUGGGGGGUGGAAGAUUAGAGGGCGGUGGAGGCCGGUUCUCUGGAUACUUUCAUGAGAGAGCUAGAUAGGGCUCUUAAAAAUAGCGGAGUCAGGGGAUAUGGGGAGAAGGCAGGAACGGGGUACUGAUUGGGGAUGAUCAGCCAUGAUCACAUUGAAUGGCGGUGCUGGCUCGAAGGGCCGAAUGACCUAAUCCUGCACCUAUUGUCUAUUGUCUAUUGAUUUCAACCUUCACGUGGUCCACCCUGUUUUCGACGAAUACAAUCAACCCGGCGCCCACAAUCAAAGAAGAUCAAAUAGUCUUACAACUUUAAGGCCCUGUCCCACUGUACGAGUUCAUCCAAGAGCUCUCCCGAGUUGAAAAACUCGUGGUAAGCACGUAGAAUGUACGUAGCGGGUACGUCGGAGCUCGGGGACGUCUCCUGGCGGUUUGUAACGCUAAUGGCAGGUACUCGGGAAACGCGGUAAGCUCGGGAAGACUGGUGAAGAUUUUUCAACAUGUUUGAAAAAUGUCCACGAGAGCCCCGAGCACCGACGAGUGGCCAUUACCGUAAAUCUCCGAGUUCGAAUCAGGGGCAAAUUCGGGAGAGCUCUUGAAUUCGCUUGUACAGUGGGACAGCCCCUUUAGGCUGUGCACGCCACACGCAAGAAGAAGAAGGAGUGUGCGGGGAUCGCUGGUCGGCGUGGACUAGGUGGGCCGAAGGGCCUGUUUCCGCACUGUGCCUCUAAACUAAAUUAAACCUGGCGUUAACACUGAGUUAUGUUCUUCUCAGGUGAAUGAGGUGCCUGGAAUAAUUUGCCGGAGGUAGCCGCCCGCAGAUAUGGCCUCCGACUCGCAACACGCCUUUGCCACCGUGCAGAAGAUCUACUAUCCAUCGCUGUGCGCUGUUGGUAUUCCAGCUAACCUCCUCACCAUCUACACAAUGUACAGCAGGAGAUGCGGCAUGUCGCUGGUGGCCCGCCUGUAUCUGAUGGCUCUGGCCGUCGCUGACACGCUCUGCCUGUUCUGGGGGGCCCUGAUUGACCUGACCCUGGUGUGGCUGGACCCCAGCCCGUUCUGGAACAGCGCGCCGUGGUGCGGCCUCCUGACGGUGCUGGAGUACGGCUCGGUCUUCACCUCCACCUGGACGGUGAUCGUCUUCACCGUGGAGCGCUACCUGGUGCUGAGGACCACCCGCUCCCGGCGGCCCUGCACCCAGAGCACGGUGACUGUCCGGGUCAUCGUAGCCCUCACGCUGGUCUCCCACCUGUUGGCCCUCCCCGCCUACUGGAUCUACAGCUCCAAGCUCCAGAACUCCACCUUGCCCGACCGUGGAGUGGAGGAAGUCCCGGCCUGCGUGUACGAGCACACGUUCUUCUCCACCGCCGUGGUGUGGUUCCACACGCUGGUGUCCGGAGGCGUCCCCUACGUCCUGCUCAUCCUCUUCAAUGUGCUGAUCGGGCAGCAGCUGUACGCCGCGUCCAGUAUGUUCACCAAGGAGCAGCUGAAGUCCAUCAACGGAGUGACCACCCGCAGCCUGGCCAGGAAGUCCAUCCUCAUCCUCUUCGCCGUCUCCUUCACCUUCGUGCUCCUCACGCUCCCGCGCUUCGUCACCUACUGCAUCCUGCGCACCGUCUACAACCACCCCGGCCACGACCGCAACGACUACCGCCAGCCCAUCAACCUGUUUGCCGACCUGGCCAUCAUGCUGCAGUGGCUCAACUCCGCCAUCAACUUCCUCCUGUACUGCGUGGUCAGCAGGCCCUUCCGCAGAGAGUUCCUCCACCUCCUGAGCUGCCGGGCCCGCCCAUCCCCACGCCCGCCCACCUCCAACACGGCGCUCAGGGUCUACAGCCUGCAGGGUGGAGAGGUCCCACCGCCAGCCGCGGCCAUGCCCGGCUCCUAGACCUCGCCGGUCAAAGGUCCAGGGACUACAGAGGGCCAGGCACCUCCACUCACGGACUGGGACCCAGCCUCAAGCCACCACCCCCUGCUGACCCAAAACCCCCACGAGGGAGAACUCAGGAGCGAGACAGGACUCUCGAACCUUUUCCUGGAUGAGUGCACAUCCAACCACCUCCGAGA